AUGGGCUCCUCCCAGUCCCAGUCGCAGUCAAAGCCCGAUGCGGGCGCCGCCGCGGCUCCUCCCUCCGCCUGUCCAAUGAGGGCCGACGGCGGCGCCGCUCCGUCCGGCAGAGCCGCCGCCGCGGAGCCGCCAAAGGCAUCGGGCUGCCCAGUCGACCACAGCAAGUGGAGCGCGUGGGCCGGCCGGUCGGCGGCGGCGGCGGGCGGCGACGGCGAGGCGGACAUCAACCCGGACAACCGCAUGCCCGUCCUCUCGCAGCAGCCCGCGGCUGGGCAGGACGCGGUGCUCGACACGAGCCGCGUGGUGUCGAGCAUUCCGCAGGGGCGCGCGGGGGCGACCGAGCGGUGGGUGUACCCGUCGGAGCAGCAGUUUUACAACGCGCUCGUGCGCAAGGGCAAGGACGACGGCGUCGACACGGCCGCCAUGCCCUCGGUGCUCGAGUACGAGCGGCUGCACUGCGACACGUGCGACCCGGCCAAGGUGUCGCUGCUGCGCUUCCAGGGCCGCCCGUUUGAACUGUCGCCAAAGGCGCGACUCAAGACGGCGCUGGGUCUCGCGCCGCGCCCCUUCGACCGUCACGACUGGACCGUCGACCGCCCUAACCCGGAGGUGCGGUACAUCAUCGACUACUACGACGCGUCCGCCUCGAGGGAGGCGGGGGGGCCGCUGCCCUCGCUGCACGACCCAGACGGUGUGCCGACCAUCCUGAUGGACGUGCGGCCUGCGGGCGACACGCCGGGCGAGCUGCUCGACCGCGCGAGGAUGGUCUUGCAGAAGGGCGUCGUCGCGACGCUGCGCGAGGCGCUCACGCCGAUCGCCACGAGCGACUCCACCGUCUCCGCGCCAGCGGCUGGCGGGGCGGCGGCGGAGGCGGCGCCGCCGCCGCCUGCAGUCUCCGAGGCGGCGGCGGUGCGCUCCGCUUGCGCGUCGGCGAUGGAGGCGCUGUCGGCGUGCAUGCAGAAGGGGUCGGACGACGCCGGCUGCAUGCAGGCGCGGAUGGGGCUGACGAUGUGCAUCGCGCAGCAGGUCUGCUCCGCCGAGGCGGACCUCUUCCACUCGUACAAGGGGUCUGCGGACGGGGAGGGCGGCGUGGCCUAG